AUUAUUUUUCUUUUUUCCCUUAUUAUCCAAUAUGUUUUAUAAUAAUAGAUGCAUUACCAAAUUGGACACUUAUUUUGUACUGUUCUAUUAAUGUAGGUCAGGCCCGGCCAACAAUUUUAUUGAGGCUAAUCGAUAUUGUGUAUCCAAGGCCGGGUAGUUUUUUUCUGUUUUAUAUUUUAGCAAUUAUCUAUAUUUAGCGCACUAACUCGGGCGUAACUAUAUUGCUUUAAUAACACAAUUUCUACUAUACCCAAGAGUAAAUACAGUGAGUUUAGGAUGUAAUAAAGAAUGCAAAUGUACAUUCGGUUUGAUAAAGCUAAAUUAUACCAGUUUAUUAUGCAUAAACAGAUGUAUACUUAGUAUUGGGCGUGCAAAAAGGUUCAACAAGGAAAAAACAAAAUGGAGUUUUCAGAGACAAAGAGUCGCAUUUUUAAACUAGUUAUAAUUGGGCAUAGUGCAGUUGGUAAAACGUGUAUUUUACAAAGAUUUUGCAGGGAUAGAUUUUCUGAAGAGCAUAUUGAAACUACUGCGGUCAAUUUUGCUAUAAAACACACAGAAGAAGCGGGACAAAAGAUACAACUAUAUAUUUGGGACACGUGCGACAAAGAAUGUCAUCGAGACAUUAUCGACUUCCAUUGCAAACCAGCUAUGGGGUUUAUUCUUGUUUAUGACAUUACAAAUGAGGAAACUUUCAAAGGAAUGGAUAAGAGGAUCAAACAUUUAAAAGAAAUAGCACAAGAUAAGGAUCCUAGUUUUCUGAUUGUUGGAAACAAGUUGGAUGCAGAAAAUAGAAAAGUUAGCAAAGAAAAAGCAGAACAGUUUGCAGCCGAGAAUGGGGCUAACUUUAUUGAGGUGAGCGCAAAGGCAUCAACUGGUAUAAAUGAAGCGUUUAAUAUGAUAGUAAGGAAAAUAAGAAUAAAGAUGGAUUCAUGGACUUUGGUAGACGACAAUGCAACAGAGAAACAGAAUGAAAAACUUCAAACUUGGUCUGGGUGGCUUUUGAGUGAAAAGGAAGAAAAAGAAACAUCGACUGAACAAAAUGAGCAAGCAACGAAUACUUGGUUUGGAUGGCUUAGUCCAGGCUAUGAUGAUAAAAAGAGAAAGAGAUGGUCAUACAAAAAAGCAAAGGAUAUGAUCAAUGGAUGGAUGUUUCCACACUUAACAAAGAGCAACUCCACUGUCUCAGAUACAGUUCCAGAAGAACUGAUGAAAGAUCCAUUUACACUGCAGCUGUAUAGAUUGGCGUUGACAGAAGGUAAAGAGCUUGAUAGGUCUAUCCGUGUUAACAUUGUUGGAAAUUAUGGCCAAGGAAAGACCACUCUGAUGAGGAGGAUUCUCAACAAGGACAUAAAUAACGUCAAAAGUACGAAUGCAAUUGAUGUUGAACAUUUUACUUGUCAACGAACAUCUGAAGGUAAACUUUCAUACAGCAAAUACGAUGACAAGGACUGCUCAAAGCUUGUAAAGAGACUGGCGUCUGUUGCUCGGUUCUUGAAGGAUAAAGCGUCGUUAUUUGAAUCGACGGAGAAGAAUAAUGACGAUGAAAUAAAAGAUUUGAGUGGAGAACAUAACAUACAGAAAGAUUCAGAAACACCGCUGAAAAGUUCAGAAUCACAGUCAUCGGAAAUACCCGAUGCUAUUGAUGAUAGUUACAAAAUGUCCGAUGAAAUUUGUUCUGAAGGGUCAAAUGACGACUCAUUAGGAAGACGUUCCAUUCUAUCUGACGACGAUAAAAUUCGAUUUGCACAAGAACUUAGUAGAGAAAAUUCAAAGGAGGGAGACGAUAAUAUGGAUAUUUCGGUAGAAUUUUGGGACUUUGGUGGACAGUUCGUUUUUUAUGCAACGCAUAUGAUCUUCCAUAGUAGAAAAGCUAUCUAUCUCUUGGUGUUAGACUUAACAUCUCAUUUAAACGAAAUAGCUGUGGACCAAGAUUUCCCUACGGAAUCACAUGAAAGAAGUAUGGCAUAUUACGUACGGUUCUGGAUUAAUUCCAUCCACUCUUUCGUCGGAUCAGAAAAUGGAGUGGAGCCUACCGUCAUACUCGUUGGUACACAUAAGGAUAAACUGAAAGGAAAUGUCGAUCAGAAGAUAGAAACGUUCUUUGAAAAUAUUCGAAAACUUUUUGAUGGUACAAAACUCUUAAAACACAUUUAUAGAAAAGAUUUUGCAGUGGAUAAUACUGUCGCAGAUGAUGAAGGUGUUACAGCGUUGCGUGAAGCCAUCAUUGAAAUAGGGAGAGAAAAGGCCAACACUGUUGAAAUUCCAGCAAAAUGGAUACAGCUUGAAAAAUCAUUGAAAGAAAAAAUACAUUUAAAAAUAAUAACGUUCCAAUAUGUCAUGACAAUUGAUGCUUGGAAUGAGUAUCCGCUGGGUUCAGUUGAUCAAGUACGAAUAUUUCUCCAGUACCACCACAGCAAAGGAACUUUCAUCUAUUUUGACGAGGAUUCGAUAUCUUAUUACGUUGUACUAGAUCCCCAAUAUUUGAUUGAUGCCUUUAAAUGCCUUAUAACUAGUGAGCAAUUUUGCAAGAAAGAUCCCGACAUUCGGCCAUCAUUCAACAAACUUCAUGACGAGGGAAGACUAGAAAAAGAACUUGUCGAUAAACUUUGGAGCAAAGAUAAAGAAUUAAUGUAUAUGGAAAACAGGGAAAUAUUAUUGGAGCUUCUUGCGAAGCACCAUAUUAUCUCUGAGGCUACCAAAUAUGAAGAAGAUACAAAAAAAUCAUCGGGUCUUGGGUGGUAUGUUGUUCCGAGUUUACUGAGAGAUCUAUAUCCCAGUGAUGAGUUUGAGCAGCUUUUGUGUGGAAGGAGGCAGUCAGCACUACGGUUUGUAAUGGAAUUUGAAAUCUCUACCAUAAUUCCUACAAUCUACCAUCGACUUGUCGCCGCCAUUGUUGGCAAAUGGCCGAUUAUUCAUUUUCGAGAUAAGCCGGUCAUGUACAAAAAUCUAUGUGCAGCAAGGCUUGAAAAUAACCAUAUUGGAUUUGCAGAAAUGAGAUCAGAAACAAUCGAAUUGUCAGUAGCAAAUCUUUGUUCAAAAGUUGCAAUUGACGGUGAUCGUUGUGAUAGGCUACGCAGAUUUGUUGAAGCUGUGAUUGAGCAUGAAUUUCACAAGCUUAAAUGUUCAAAAGAAACUUGUGCUAAACUGUAUGCCAUAAAAUUUCGUUGUAAUCAUGAAAUUCACGGAGUGAAUGGGAGUAAAGACACAAUCGAAUGGAAGCAAGUUGUAACAGCUAAACAAAUUCCUUGUCCGGAUUUUGAAUCACAUGCUAUCAUUACAGCGGAUGGAUUUAGUGAGUGGUAUAUUGACCACAGAAUGAAGCUUCAGAUUCCGAAAAAGGGAGUUACAGAAAAAGUGCUUAGUCAAAUCUCAAACCAAAUAGGUCACAACUGGCAAACAUUAGGACAUGAACUGGGUGUGACCAAGGUUCAAAUCGAACAGAUUAUUGAAGAUAAUCCACAUAGUACGUCAAUGAAAAUAUUUGCUAUGCUUACAAAAUGGAGUCAGAACGUUGAAAUAGCUACGUUUGAUGUUUUAGUUGAAUCAAUGCAGAAAUGUCCUACUCUAAAUGUAGACUGGGGCGAAAUAAGAAACAUUUUGGAUAGCUUGGAGUGA